CUUUUCGAUUUUUCUGUCCAGAAGUUGGUUAGAGUCAAUGGGAAAACCUCACGGAUUACGUACUGCACGCAAAUUACGUUCACAUAGACGUGAUCAGCGCUGGCAUGAUAAGGAUUACAAGAAACGCCAUCUAGGAACUGCUUUGAAAGCUAACCCUUUUGGUGGAGCUUCCCAUGCAAAAGGCAUUGUUUUGGAAAAAGUGGGUGUUGAGGCCAAGCAGCCUAAUUCUGCUAUAAGAAAAUGUGUUCGUGUACAACUGAUUAAGAACGGUAAAAAAAUAACUGCCUUUGUUCCAAGAGAUGGAUGCCUUAACUAUAUUGAAGAAAAUGACGAGGUAUUAGUUGCUGGAUUUGGCCGUAAAGGACAUGCAGUUGGUGAUAUUCCUGGUGUUAGAUUUAAAAUUGUUAAAGUCGCAAAUGUAUCAUUGCUUGCUUUAUACAAAGAAAAGAAAGAGAGACCACGUUCUUAAACUCUAAAAUGUUUUGUCUGGUAGAGAUCUCAUGAUUAUGAAAUUAUAAUAAACUGUUCGACCAUUAUUCAUAGGAUCAUAUUCAGCGUAAAUCCUGAAAUGCAAUAAAC